AUGACGCAAGUAUCUGACGCAGUGAACCCUGGCCUGUCCUCCGCUCCACCUCUGCCCAUUCACAUGUCUGUGAGCGAGCUCCACUCGGCUCUACUCACGGCCCCACUGCCUAAUCGCCUUAACACCGUCAGGGGGGCGGGGCGAAGCCUGACCGACACUUUCCACCUCUCCCCACCCACUCUCACUUACGCUCAUUCCCAGGACUCUACUCUGCACACACUUUGGAACCCUCCAUGGGCUGCUGCACGUAUGGCCGCCCCGCUGUCCCCCAGGAGCGCUCCGGAGGUGGCCCGCGUCCAUAGGGGAAUGUCAUGA